AUGUCCGAGUUUAUGUUUGAUGGUGUCCAUGAGGGAGAUAACGAUGAGUUUCACUUUAUAGAAUCCAAUACUUCUGUUUUGUCUGAUGAAGAAAAGGCUGAAGUGGACUUGCGGUCCAUCUACGUUGGCAAUGUUGAUUACGGAUCCACUGCGGAUGAACUUGAGGCGCACUUUCGUUGUUGUGGAGCGAUCAAUCGUGUCACUAUACUUUGCGACCGUUACACAGGUCAUCCUAAAGGAUUUGCAUAUAUCGAGUUCGAAAAUGCUGAUGCCAUUGAGGCUGCUGUUGCUUUGGAUGACUCCAACUUCAGAGGCCGCCCUUUAAAAGUGAUGCCCAAGAGAACGAAUAUCCCGGGUUUGUCAGUAAUAAGUCGGGGAUUCAGGCGAUCUCGUCGUCGUUUAAAUCCUUAUGGUAUUCGCCAUGCGUUCGGUUUCGCACGACCAAGAACAUCAAGGUUCAGGCGACGUCGUAUUUAUUACGGUGCACCAUAUUGA